GUUUUGACCUAGAAAACUGAGUAAAGUAUUUUAAAACUUCUUCAUACGAUAAUAUACGGAACAAGAGACUAUCAUUAACGUCGAAGACAUAUGCAUCUGAUAGUUGAUUAUACUAUCUUUUCAUAAUGUUGAAGCUUUUGAUCAGGGAAACCGUUUUAGGUUAUGUCUUCUGGUCCAUAUUCCAAGGCCUUGGACCAAUGAUUUGGUUUUAUCCAUUGAAUGAAUUAGAAAUCUCAGGAUAUGAAGCAUUUGCUGUUCUUCUACUCAGCCCAGUUCUUCUAGGGCUUGGAAUCAUUUACAGACUGCUGGAUAAUAGGAUUGGACUAGGAAUCCUGCGCCUGGGGGUGGUUGUUGGGCUAGGAUCAUUCCAGGCUCCAGAUACACUGACUCGACUGAUUAUACUUGCUAUUGGCAAUGCGUGUAAUAUGCUUGUUUUUACCCUAACACUCUAUAGCAAGAACAAGUUACAAAGAUCAUUCACAUUUUGGGGAAUUAUUCUUGGUCUCUUCCUCUUCCUGACAGGCAGGAUAUGGCUAGUUUCUUUCGUUCCUACUUGGUGGAGCUACCAGUCAAACUCAAUAGUGGUUGCCAUAGCAACUUUAUGUACGAUUGAUAAAAUUAUCUCAGGAGAAGAUGGUGGCGAAGCCAGUGAAGACAAAAACUCGCUGAAACCAUAUUGGCUGUUUACUGCAGGAGGGUUUGGUAGUCUUUUAUAUCUGACACACUGGGUGUUUGGCGAUGUGUCCCUUGUCACUAGGUGGAGUGUCUCAGGGUUUCCAGACACUGGACCCAGUCCUAACCCAUGGGGAGGUGUAAUUCUUGUGUGCCUGGCAGUGGGUGCCUUGUUAUCCCAGUAUACAUCACUGGCCCGCAGUAAACUCUGGUGGCUUCUGGGAUGUGCCUCUUUUGGUGUGCUUUACUAUCAGCAAACUUGGACAGCAUUUGCAGGUGGCGCUGUACUGGCCAUCUACACAAUGUCGAUCUGGCCAGAAAUGAUUGACAGAUUGACGUCAGCUCCACCUGCCCGCACAGUCACAUUCGCUGCCAUUGUUUGGUUGAUUGAAAUAUUUUUCUACGUUUGGACUGUUGCCUACAAUUUUGUACCUGGGGGUGUGUACACAAGAGAGCACACUGAUUGGCUGAUUGCAUUUGUGAUGUUCAAUAUUGGACUUGCCUUAUUUACAAGUUCACGUCCAGAAGGUGAGGCCUCUAAUACUGGGACGAUAAGACUUGGGAAUCAAACCAUGCCCAAUACCACAGCAAAGUGUCUGCUUGUCCUUCUAGUUCUUGGAGGUCUUGGUGGCUUUGUGUACAGAUAUGACCCUCAGAGAGGCAAUAAUCCACCCAAGGAAUCCCCCAAGCAGUUUAGUGCAGCUAUAUGGACCUAUCACUUUGGUUAUGACAAUGUGGGAUGGCCCAGCUUAGAGAGGGGAGCCAAAUUGCUCAAUGACACAGGUGCAGAUUUUAUAACUCUACUCGAAAGUGAUGCAUCCAAGCCUUUCCUAGGCAAUAAUGACCUGGGCAUGUGGUUAGCAGAGAGGCUCAAUAUGCAUGUUGACUUUGGGCCUUCCACCAGGGACCACACUUGGGGCAAUUUGAUACUCUCCAAGUAUCCCAUAGUAAAGUCAACACAUCAUCUAUUGCCGUCCCCACAUGGUGAGCUUGCUCCCGCUGUCACGGUAACCAUAGACUACAGUGGCAGCCAUGUUGAUUUUGUGGUGACCCAUAUGGGGAAUGACCGAGAUGUCCUCGACAGGGAACUACAGGCCAAGUUCCUCUCCAAUGAAUGCAAGAAGAGUAAAAAUCCAGUUGUGUUCCUUGGCUAUGUGACAUCAUCACCUGGUAGUCGUGACUACCGCAAGUUGAUCAAUGGCGGAAAUAUGAAGGAUAUUGAUGAUAGUGAUAAUGACAGAUGGUGCGAGUACAUCAUGUAUAGAGGACUAACCAGACUUGGUUAUGCUAGAAUCUCACAUGGAGGUCUAAGUGAUACAGAGGUCCAAAUAGCAAAGUUCCAAAUCCCAGAAGAUCCAAAGAAAUAUAAAGACAAUUCAAGACUCACAACAGAUGAAAGCAAAGUGCCAAAGAAAGUGCAUUUUAAUAAAAAAUUUGGUCCUUUAAGGCAUGGCCACAAUUGGUUACAAGAACAUCUAUUCCACAUGGGCACCCCCAAGUACUUUAUUCCAUAAAACAAUUUUUGUGUUAAUAAUAUACGAGCUUAUGUGGAUAUUCACGUUUAUUUUGACAAGUGUAAAACUGAAUCAAUGGACAAUUUCCCUUGAAUGAGAAGUGAUAUGAGUCUAAGACAAUUGACCGAGAAAGCACAAGAAGGCCAAGUGAUUCACCAUGGCAAAAAAACACAAGAACUAAUUCUGAACAAUUCAAGAAUAGUUCAUGAACAGAUUCUUGAAAUGGUGAUCAAAGUUGGGGAAACAAAGAAAUGUGGCAGCUAGAAAUUCACCAAAUUAAUUCAAGUUAUUGUAUCUUAAAGUUAUAGGAGUAAAAAAGGAUCGUGCUUAUAUGCAAUUGUAUCAUUACAUUCCAGUUCAUGAAAAUCUAUGUACAGCGGUGACUAAACAUACAUCAUAUACUUGUAUCAAUUUCCUAAAAGUUUUUGUACAUUCAAGUUUUAUUCAUGAGAUUAAAAUUUAAACUGACCAGUAUUAAUCAUAAAAUAGUGAAACUUUAAAGCACAAAAAUUAAAUGACCGUUGCCCUUAGAAUAACAUACAUUAAAAAAACAAUUAGGAGUGAUUUUGAGAAGAUGUUUAUGGUUGUUUGAUCAAUCUGCAU